CCGUCUCGGACGCUUGUCUCAAGCAGUCGUGUGUAAAAGAUCUCUCGCGUAGUAAAAAGUUUUUCUACGUACACGCUGUAUUUUCCUUUUGCAAAUACCCAAAAUACCCAUCAGGUUAUGGGCCCAGGUCUGAAAGAUCUCAGCGUAUAAAGAAAUUUGUAAGUGAACUGUGUGGAAAGUCGUCUUUGUGAAUCCAUCAUGCAUCCGGCCAGCAGCCACCACGUGGAGAAAUUAACGGAAGGAAAUUAUGAAUCCUGGCGAAUGCAGAUGAAGAGCGUCUUAGUUUUCAACGACUUAUGGGGAUACGUCGACGGUAGUAUAGCGAGACCCACUGAUGAAAAUGCACAGACACAGUGGAAGAUAGAGGACGAAAAGGCUCUUGCUCUCAUUAUACUCAGCAUCUCGAGAAAUGAGCUGGGGCAUAUCCGGCGUAUGACGACAUGGCAAGCAGCGUGGGACGAGUUGGUUAGAGUACACAGCUCUCAAGGUCCUGUAAAGAAGACCAUCUUGUAUCGGCAAUUGUACAACUCAAAGAAAGACGAGAGGCAGACAAUGAUGCAAUAUAUUAACGACUUCGAAAAUAAAGUAAAUCUGCUAGAAGAUACCGGCAUCGAAAUUCCAGAGGAAUUAAAAACAAUCAUGCUGCUCAACGGACUGCCAGACACGUUCGAGAAUUUUUGCAUUGCUAUCGAGUCAAGAGAUCAGAUCCCUGGAAUCGACUUCAUUAAGGGGAAGUUAAUUGAGGAAGAAGCGAGGAGAGUUAGCGGAGACGACCAUCAUGGCGGCAACAGCAACGGCACGAAUGCGUUACUAUCACGAGGCACACGCGAGAACCCUGCUCGUAAAUAUAAAGGAGGAAAACCGCCUGCCAGAAAUUAUCACGGUGACAAGAGGGAAGAAAGAAGAAGAACGACGAGAAGAAAAAUGGCGGAAAGGCGAACCAGGCGCAGGAGGAGGAAAACGAAGCCACAGUAGCGCUAUUUGCGUUAACCUCAUCAGACUGCAACGACGAAUGGUAUCUCGACAGCGGCGCC